ACUAGUAAUCUUUUCCCCACAAUUUCUGCUGUCUUUUCCUUCCUUUCUCUCUCUAUAUACAUAACAACAACACAUCCAUUGAUUUUUAGCCUCUCCACAUCGAAACAGCCAAACCAAAACUGGCAAAGUUAUGGCUCGUCCUCCCGAGUUGUUCAGUCUGGCCUCGUUAACUCUUUUACUCGCCUUGGUGGUCGAGCCUCACGGAGCAUAUGGCACGACCCGUGGUUCGUUUGGCCCCAACGAUGGUGCUUCAGAAGUCGGUGGGAUAUGCGCCACCUCGGUCACCAUCCAUGGUUACAAAUGCCAAGAACACCAAGCGGAAACCAAAGAUGGAUAUAUCCUUAGCAUGCAAAGAAUCCCAGAGGGACGUAACGGUGGUGCUGGAAACACGAAGCAGCCGAUACUCAUACAGCACGGUGUCCUUGUGGAUGGAAUGGCGUGGCUCCUGAAUUCACCACAAGAGAAUUUGCCAAUGAUUUUGGCUGAUAAAGGUUUCGAUGUGUGGAUUGCCAACACCAGAGGGACCAGAUUCUGCAGGAAACAUGUUUCGCUCGAUUCUAGCCAGCCGGAGUUCUGGAACUGGUCAUGGGAUGAACUGGUGAGUUUCGAUCUACCGGCUGUUUUUGAUUUCGUGUUCAACCAGACACAGCAGAAGAUUCAUUACAUUGGUCAUUCUCUGGGAACUCUUAUAGGUCUGGCGUCUUUCUCUGAGGGCCAUCAAGCGAACACACUGAAAUCUGCAGCAUUUCUAAGCCCGAUCGCGUACUUAAGCCAUAUGAAUACCGCACUUGGUACGGUUGCCGCUAAAGCCUUCGUCGGUGAGGUCACUACAUGGUUCGGGGUAGCUGAAUUCAAUCCAAAAGUACAGCAAGCAUCAGCCUUUCUCAAAUCUUUAUGCAAUUACCCUGGAGUUGACUGCUAUGACUUAUUAUCUGCAAUCACCGGAAAAAAUUGCUGUCUCAAUUUUUCCACGGUUGAUCUUUUCAUAAAGAAUGAGCCUCAAUCCACAGCAACAAAAAACAUGGUGCACUUAGCUCAGACUGUUCGAGAUGGAGUUAUAGCGAAAUACAACUACGGCAGGCUAGACUACAACGAGAUGCAUUACGGUGCGGCCAAACCUCCGGUUUACAACAUCUCAAACAUCCCUCGCGACCUUCCCAUCUUCAUCAGCUACGGCGGCCAAGACGCGCUCUCAGAUAUUCAAGAUGUUCAGCUAUUGCUCGACAGCCUCAAGUUCCAUGAUGUCAACAAGCUUAUGACUCAGUUCAUCAAAGAUUAUGCCCAUGCUGAUUUCGUCAUGGGAAUCAACGCAAAGGAUGUUGUGUAUAAUCAAGUCGUAAUGUUCUUUGAAAAUCAGCAAUGAUGCCCCUCAAACAGGCCGGUCUGAUCAGUUCAUGUAAUAGAGCCCGUAAUGUUAACU